AUGGCGCGGUGCGCUCGCGCCCUGCCCGCGCUCUUUCUACAACUUAACCUAAUGCUCAUGAUGUACGCGGGCGCGGGUCUGGCGACGGCGGCGCGUUUGAAGUGGGACCCUAGCACGUACAUCGCGUUGCGCGAGGUGCUGCCCAGCGAGUACCGCGUCGCUGCCGUGCUGCUGGUGGUAUGUAGCGCGGUGCUGCUGCUGCAGGGUCACCUGGCGGUGCUCGCGCUGUACGCUCGCCGCGCGCGCUUUUUGCUGCUCAUCACGUACGCGGCGGUGAUGGCUGGCACAGUGGGUGGUGAGACCGCGUGGGCGUGGUGGACGGGCGCGCGCGUGGCGGCGUGGGCGCGCACGGCGCAGGCGCACGAGCUGCGGCGCGCGCUGCAGCUGCGGGAACACCUGCUGCCGCUGCUGCAGCACCUCGCGCACUGGCAUCCGCUGCCGCAGCACAUCCACGACAUCCUCAAGGAGGCGGAGGCGGACUUGCCUCGCAACUCGUACGUGGCGGUGGCAGCGGGCGGCCUGCUGGCGCUGCUGCAGCCCGCCGCCGCCGCGCUGGCGCUGCUGCUCGCCGCGCGCGCGCGACACCCGCCCAGGGGCGGCACUUACACGUGCGCAUACUUAUCCUUACCGUUACAGUUGCAGCUCGUAUAG